UUUCUGGGUUAGAAUAAAUAGAAAUAUAUGUAUAAUAACUUUUAAAAAUGGUACACUGCAACAAAAAUCGAUAUGUAUUUAAUACCAUAUAAUGACAAACAAGUUUCACUUUUGGCGCUUAAACAAAUUAAUAACAAUAAUAACACUGGUGAAUUCCACGGUAUCGAUUUUUGUCGCGGUACCUUUACCUCUUACAUAUAACAUUGACAAUAAUGGUUGGAUGGUUAAUCGGAAAAGUCUGAACUACAUACAUAAACAAUAGUUUAAGGACAUGGUCAAAUUGCUGUAAAACCCUACAAUUACUUCACUUUUGAUUACCAGUAAAAGAUAAAACUGUAACUACUUUAACGUAGAUAUUAAUCAACAUAAUACAUAUAAUGUGUGACAAUGUCAUAAAAAAAAUCGUCCUAAGUGCAUUAGACCGGUCCAAAAAACAUUUGAUCUGGAAUAAGUUCCCUUCGGUUCUGGAACCAAGAUUUUAAGAAAGACUUAUAAAAGCUUUUAUUGAAGCCUAACUUUAGUUCUAAUAUUAUAAUUCCAGUUCAAUAAAAAAAACCCUACAAUUAUGGACAUAUUUAAUUUAAUUAGCGUGUCAUUCGUCAAUUAACUAUAACUGUCAUAUUCAAUGAAUACAGUUUACACGACAAAUGUGCUUCAUUAGUAAAUGUUAUGUAUUUGUCAAAUUGAAUUGUUUUUGUUUUAGAAUUACAUUAUUAGUAGUUAGUCAAACACCAUCAUGUCGACACCAUUAGGUCCUGAGUCGCAGCAGGCAUUCUGUUCGGUCUGCCAAACGAAUGUAACUACAAAUGCCGAGUUUAAGGCCUCCAACAAGACUCAUCUUUUGGCUUUACUUUUAUGUGUUUUCGGUUGUUGUCCUUGUGCUGGUUGCUUGUAUUGUACCGGAUGUGCUCGUAAUGUUGAACAUUAUUGUCCAACCUGUAAUACUUUUUUGGGAACUUAUGAACGUUAAGUAAAUAAAAUUAUUUCAAAUAUUUUUAAGUAGUUUUUAACAAUGUAUUUUACUGGAAUUCUUUUUAAUUAAGCUUAUUUAAAAAUUAGUGUAUUA